GGAGGCCGGAGGAGUCUUACCCUAAUGUAAGAUGGUGGCCCGUCUGGCUGUGGAACCCACCGAAAGCUGAGAGUCUCUCUCUCAGCCGUAAAGGUCGGACUCGCUGAAGCAAUCAGACCCGGUUCUGAAGAGUUUUUUUCCCCGACACUCGUUCAGUGGUCUCUUGUGAGGACGCGGCAGCGCGUGGAGUCGGCUAAGGGAAAAGCGAGGCAAGGCAGGCGGGUCUUUGAAGUUCUACAGUUUAGUUCUCAGUGCUGAACUUUCUUCUCCCUUAAAUUAUUAUAAACUUUUGCUGCUGUUUAAUAAAAGUGAAGAUGUCUCGCAGUCCUGACGCGAAGGAAGACCCUGUGGAAUGUCCUCUUUGCAUGGAGCCCUUGGAGAUAGAUGAUAUCAACUUUUUCCCUUGCACCUGUGGCUACCAGAUUUGCCGCUUUUGUUGGCAUCGAAUUCGCACUGAUGAAAAUGGGCUUUGUCCUGCAUGUAGAAAGCCAUAUCCAGAAGAUCCAGCAGUUUAUAAACCACUCUCCCAGGAAGAACUGCAAAGGAUAAAGAAUGAGAAAAAACAGAAACAAAAUGAGAGAAAACAGAAAAUAUCAGAAAAUCGCAAACAUUUGGCUAGUGUACGUGUUGUACAGAAAAACCUCGUCUUUGUUGUAGGUCUGUCUCAGCGCCUAGCAGACCCAGAGGUUUUAAAACGACCAGAAUAUUUUGGGAAGUUUGGUAAAAUACAUAAAGUUGUCAUCAAUAAUAGCACAUCAUAUGCAGGCUCACAGGGUCCAAGUGCCAGUGCUUAUGUAACCUAUAUACGGUCGGAAGAUGCUCUCAGAGCCAUACAAUGUGUUAACAAUGUGGUGGUGGAUGGCAGAACACUUAAGGCAUCUCUAGGUACAACAAAAUACUGCAGUUACUUCUUAAAGAAUAUGCAGUGCCCAAAGCCUGACUGCAUGUACCUACAUGAAUUGGGGGACGAGGCGGCCAGCUUCACAAAAGAGGAAAUGCAGGCGGGUAAACACCAAGAAUAUGAACAGAAGCUCCUUCAGGAAUUAUAUAAAUUAAACCCCAAUUUCCUUCAACUGUCUACGGGUUCAGUUGAUAAGAAUAAGAACAAAGUGACACCACUGCAGAGGUAUGAUACCCCUAUUGACAAACCUUCUGAUUCUCUCAGCAUAGGGAAUGGUGAUAAUUCUCAGCAGAUAUCUAACAGUGAUACACCUUCACCACCUCCUGGUUUAUCAAAAUCCAAUCCAGUCAUCCCCAUCAGUGCAUCCAAUCACAGUGCACGGUCUCCUUUUGAAGGAGCAGUAACUGAGUCACAGUCGUUAUUCUCAGAUAAUUUUCGCCAUCCCAACCCUAUCCCAAGCGGGCUUCCUCCUUUCCCCAGCUCCCCACAGACUUCCAGUGACUGGCCUACAGCACCAGAGCCACAGAGCCUCUUCACAUCAGAAACAAUCCCAGUAUCAUCCUCUACAGACUGGCAAGCAGCGUUUGGCUUUGGUUCUUCUAAACAACCAGAGGAUGACUUGGGUUUUGAUCCCUUUGAUGUCACUCGAAAAGCCUUAGCAGACUUAAUUGAAAAGGAACUGUCAGUCCAAGACCAGCCUUCCCUUUCGCCCACAUCUCUUCAGAACUCCUCGUCACACACUACAACCGCCAAAGGUCCAGGCUCUGGAUUCCUACAUCCUGCUGCACCUACAAAUGCCAACUCUCUGAAUAGUACCUUUUCCGUCUUGCCACAGAGGUUCCCUCAAUUUCAGCAGCACCGAGCGGUUUAUAAUUCAUUCAGUUUUCCAGGCCAGGCAGCCCGCUAUCCUUGGAUGGCCUUUCCACGCAAUAGCAUCAUGCACUUGAACCACACAGCAAACCCCACCUCAAAUAGUAAUUUCUUGGACUUGAAUCUCCCGCCACAGCACAACACAGGUCUGGGAGGGAUCCCUAUAGCAGGGGAAGAAGAGGUGAAGGUUUCGACCAUGCCACUGUCAGCCUCUUCCCAUUCAUUACAACAAGGACAGCGGCCUACAAGUCUCCACACUACUGUGGCCUGACAACAGAACUGAGAGGAGAGGAUUAGACUCUGGGGUGCUUGCAUGGGCAACCGGAUUUUUGCAUGAUUCCUUUCUGAUUUUGCAUUUAAUGUAUACACCCAAAAGAGCCAACAUAAACGUUCCUCAUGCCUACAACUAGUGUGUUACCUCAUAGAGCUGCUGAAGUAUUUCUUCAUUAGGCCUUUAACACAAUUUAUUAGCAUAAUAAUUUUGGCAUUGUUUCUCAUGAGUGAUACUAUUUUUUAACUCACACAAAUAAACUUGUAGUACUAAUUAAGAUCCCAGAUGAGAUUAGCUAGAAUUGUUACUUUGGCUCUGUUAUUGAAAAUAUUCAAAGAUAAUGGUAGUUCCUUGUUUUCUGGCUUGUGAAAAAAUGGUAAUAUCCUAAUAUAUUCAUGAGAAAUUUGGAAAUUAAGAAGAUAAUGUCUAUUGCAUUCUUUGAAUACUUGAGAAGAAAGAAUACAUAUAAAACAAAAUUGGUGGUGUCAUUUAAUGCCCAGAAGGAUGUUAUCAGUAAUUGUUUGUAGUUGUAUGGAUUUAUGUCCUAUAUUAUGCAUUACCUGUUUAGAAACUGUUUUUGUUCUUUCUCAUUUGCACAUUUGCACUUUCUUUUUGAAUGGUUGUUAAUUAUAUAGAGACGCUUAAAAGAUAAUUAUUAUAGACUAAAUGCAAUAUAAUCUCUUUCCUAAUGCACUGCCUAGUAUACCAGGAAAUGCCUCAGAAACAGAAUUUCAACUUACAGUUGAUUUAUCAGAAACUUGAAUAUGGGGUAAAUAUUGUAUGUGAGAAGCAACCAUAGUAGUAUAAAACUUUUAUUGAAAAAAUGGUAGUUCUGUGAGAUAUUUGUUUGGAAAUUUCAUUGUUUCACAAUUGAAAUGUGAUAAUAAAACUAUAUUACAAGUUCCUGACCAGAAUGAGACUAAGGUGGAAGAGAAGAGAUUGGGGAUCCUCUAAAAUUAGGCCACGUAAGUUGUCAUAGGUAAUUUUAAUCACAGAGAAUAGUGGUGUACUUUAUUAGGAUAUAAUGUGAAGUGAUUUUUGGAUAAUAAACAAUUUCUUGAAAUAGUUUUAAAGCUGAUAAUGAAAGAAAAUAAGCUGAGUUCAAUACUCAGCAUUAGACAAAGCUGGUUCAGAAAACAUGACUGUUGCUGCCUAAAUUAAGCAUCUGGGAAGAAAAGGGAAAGUCAGAUCUCCUCUUGGGAUUUUCAAAGGACAAUUGUGAUAUAAAAGAUAUGCCUUAAUUUAAAAAAAUAUUAAAAGAGUAGCAUGAAUACCAAAAAAGGAAGCCUAAAGAUUUAAAAUAAUAAUGAUGAUGGUGAUGAUAAUAAUAAUGAAACACCUUACUGGGAACUGAUAAUAAUAUCAUGUUGGAGUUGGAGUUUUCAGGGUUACCUCUCUAUGUAAAGUCUAAUAACCUUCCAUUAAAUAAAAUACACAAAUUAAAUGGCUUUGUCCUUAAGUAUAGGAGGUAAACUAAAAUCCAUUCUUAGAUAUUCUUCAAUUUGGUUAGCUGAGAGUAUAGAAACAACUCUCUAGCCAUUUAAAUUAUUCUUGUAAAAUUUCUGCAUAAAUGACAAUCUCAGCUUUUGAUUUAGGAAUGACUUUAGGACAGCAUUAUAAGAAACUUAGCAAAUACAAAUACUGUAAAUUCGUUAGAAGCCUUUUAGUAUGUGUUGAGUAUGAAGCCUUUUAGUAUGUGUUGACUGUGGUUUCAUUUUCACUAUAAGAGGCCAAGACAUCCACUUAAUGCCUCCUGUGGUGCUGAGGCUCCUUGGCCUUGUGGACAAACUCGGGUUCCCUGCUAGGGCUUACUUAGUGCAUAGUUUUCUCCAGCCUUCAGAGCAAGCCUUUCAUUGCUUGACUCUUCUUAUGAAAACAUAAGAGGUGGUUAGCUCUCAUUUACGUUCUUCUCUGUGUUGAGAAAUACACCUGUUAAACAAGGCUUUCUCCUGUGGUAGCUUUCUCUCCUUUCUCAUUCCUGGCCAUUGCCACAAAACUGUCAGAAUUUAUCUGAUUUGCUAGAGCCCAGAACUGUCUUCCUGCCUGCUUCCCCUCCUAUGCCACCUUAUACAUACACACUGUAAACAGAAAAAUGCUUUCUUGGGUAAUUAGGCUUCAACUUAGAUAUUUUCAUGUGGAUGAAAGAUGAUCAUUUAACUAACUUUGUAAAUCUAAGACUUUGUAAGCCUAAAAAAUUAAGCUUCACUAUUUUGCUUACUUUUAUGUAUGUUACGGUUUUUUUAAGUGAAGUCCUAAAAUCAGUCAAAAUUAAUUGUACUAAAACUCAGAAGAAAUUACACAACAUGUACAAGAAAGUCCUGCUUCACAUAGCAAGUAAAGUGAUGAAGCCAAGUGAUGAUAAAGAAUGAGAAGUUCUAAAAACUUCAGAUUAGUUUUUGAUAAAUUCCUUGCAUGACUGAUAUGUCAUGCACAAGGGAAACUUUAUAUGCUUUUCUAUCCUUAACUUUUCAAAAGUGACUAGUCUUUUCCUUAAAUCAGAAAUGUUUAACCUGGAAUACAAAACUCCUUGGACGUGCUUAUGAGUUGUAUGUGUGUAUAGAUGUUCAUUUUUUUUCUGGGGAGAAUAUUCGUAUUUACUAGACUUGUCAAAGUGUUUGGUGACCGACCUCUUCCCCCAGCCUAAGUGGGGGAAAAUGUUAAAAAGACAUUUAGAGCAUCACUUCUUAGUGCCACAGUAGGAUAUAGACCUUGACUGAAUAAUUUUGAUCAUAUGAUGAAUGUCAAGUGCCUUUUUUUAUUUUCUUAAAGAUUCCAUUAGGAAAUAUUUUCUGAUUAAUAAUACUUUCCUUUUCAUUCUACUGUUGCAUUUGUUUUUACAGGCGGCACUUUUGUAUACUCUCCUCUUACUUCAGCAGAGCAUUGAUUAAAUAUUUGAGUGCCUGUUCUGUGUAGUGGCUCAAGCUAGAUCUUGAGGGAUACCAGUUAAAUAAAUUAUAGAUCCUAUUAUAUAUUAUCAAGGAUAACAGUCUUGUGACAAUUUUAUUUCAGUUAUUUCUAUAGGGUCACCUCUUGAUAUAUUUUAAUUACAAGAACAGCCACACUAGUCCACUCAUUUCAUUAUUCAUUGCUUUGACAGGGCAACGAAGGAUAUUGAAUACUGAUACUUGACAUUUUGAAAUAUGUGAUAAUUUAGAGAGAGUGAAAAAAAUUUUAACAGGGGAGACAUACAUUCAUUAUUCUGAUUAAAGUAUUGCUCAGUCUUGGGCAUAUACUCAUGUCUUAUUCUUUAGUGUUGUGGUAGUUAAGUAUAGAUUCAUAUAUAUAUAUAUAUAUAUUCUUUUAAAGAAAGCUUCAUUGCAUUGUGUGCACGUUUUACUGACAUGGCUCCUAUCUGUACAGUAUUCCAAGCACCUGCAAGACUGACAGAGCUCUCUUCUGCUGUGAUCCAGGUACAUAGGGAGCUCCUCAUACAGAGGCAUUACAUCACAGAGUCAAGAGCAAGGAACGAAUUGCGGGUUUAUUGAAACUCACAAAAUGAAGACCACCAAGUUACGUGUGCAUAUAUAAAAAUGAGAGGACAUUUUAUCCUAUAUUGAGUUGUAAGGUUUUGGAUUCUUUUGUUUAUUUGAUGAUGAAGCUUUCCCAUAUCUGCUUAAGAGAUGCAUAUCAUACAGUUGAGAGCACAAUAACUUAAAAAAAUUUUUUUUCUUUUAAAGAGGUGAUACUGGAAAAUAACGAUAUAUAUAAUGUCUUUUUCUAUAAAAUAUAACUAAGUCAUUUAUCUGGUUUCAAGCUAGUUCUUCUGCCGCUAGUGCUGCGUCUUUCUCCUCUCAGUCUUUUUGUCUGAAUAUGUACUGUGUUGUCUCCUUGUGCUGAAUAGUCACACAUGAAAUGCUGAGUGAGCCAGUUAGACACUUUGCUGAUGCAGAAGUAAAAAUAGGAUUUAGAGAAAGAAGUUAUUCAGGGCAGAUUUGGAAAAAAGCUUCAUAGGAAAUGUCUCACUUUUUGCUUUUGAAGGAUGGCUUGAAAUUAAAUGAUGGAAUUGGAAAAUACAGUAAAGGGAACAGAUUGAAUGAAGAAUUAGGGAUGGAGAUUAGCAUGGUCUUUGGAGGGUCAGGAGAAGAUGGUAAGGAGAUGGACUUGUCUGAGGUAUUACAGGUCAUGUAGGAAGGUGAGGUAAGUGUGCAAAAGCCUUGAUAACUAGGAAGAAGAAUUUAGUCUUGAUGUAGAUGUGGUCAGUGGUAGAGAACUACAUGUUCUUUGGCAAAGAUGUAACUUGAUUGCAGCGUUUUAAGAUUAAUACAUUUGCUGGAAAUUAGUACUAGUUAGAAAGUAGUUCCUAUAUAUCAUUGCUGACCAGUGAAAACAAGAUGGCCUGGACACGAAUAGUAAUACUAGUAGGAUUGCAGAAGAAAUUAUGAAUUACAAGUCAGAAUGAGAUUCAGGGAAAGGCCUUUGGUUUUGGCCAUGUCUCUAGUGACCUUUAGAAAUGCUUCUUUCAUAAAAAGAUACAGAUGGAAGGGCAGAUUUCUAGGAUUCAUGAGGAAAUGUCAAGGAUGUAGAUGCAGCAGUCAUUGACUAAAGACAUUUGGCAACAAAGGGGAAGAGAAAAGCAAGAUGCUGACUAGACAGGUUGUGUAUCUUAGAAGGCAUUGCUUUAAGAUCCUUCUCUCUCUCUCUUUAGCUGUUAAGUCAUGUCCGACUCUUGUGACCCCAUGGACUGUAGCCUGCCAGGCUCCUCUGUCCAUGGGAUUCUCCAGGCAGGAAUACUGGAGUGGGUUGCCAUUUCCUUCUCCAGGGGAUCUUCCCGACCCAGGAAUCGAACCCGGGUCUCCUGCAUUGCAGGCAGAUUCUUUACCAACUGAACUAUGAGGGAAGCCCUGCUUUAAGAUAAGGGAGCUGAAUAUUUAAUGCAGAAUUUACAGAGUUAAGUGAGAGAAUAGCAUAGAUAGUAUGGAAGAGAAAAUAGGCUAACCAGUGGGGUAAAAGAUUUCUGUAGGUGUUAGGAAGAGAUACACCCAAGAUGAGGUUAGGUUAUGGGCUUAACUUAAUUGAGAUGGGCUAUAUCUUCCUUUGUUGUUUGUAAAAAACAAUCUGAAAAUCUAGGCAAAAGAAGGUGAGAUUAGAGAAAAUGAGAUUAGAUGAAGGUGCUCAUAUGAGUAAUUCUUGGAUGCAUAUCAUGUGAGAAAAUGAGGAUGAAAGACUGGAGUUGGGAACCUGUUUUUUAAAAAAAAAAGCGGGAGAGAAAGAAAUAAGUCUGUGAGAAUAAGCCUAGAAGUUCAUCAGAAAGAAAUUUAAGAAUUGUUGAGUCAAGAUAAGGAUCAAAUUUAAAAGAGUCAGAUAUGUAUAGUUUUGUAUGUUGUGAUGAUUCAACAGGAGUGGACAAAGCAUGUAUGAGAUUUUGGUUAGAGGGUGAAGAAAAAAAGAACACAAAGAUGUUUAAGAAGGCAAAACUAAUGAUAUAAUCUUGUGAUCCAGAGUUCAUUGAUUUUAUAUGUUGAUGAGGACAAAGAACCAGUAUAGUACUGUUAAGAGAAGGACAGAUGAGGAGACUAGUCAGCGUGAUGACCACUCAGCACUACCUGACAAGUGAAAACCAGAAAAAGGAUUGUAGAUGGAUGUCUUACAUUAGGGCUGGAGGUUGGAAAGAAGGCAAGCUUUCGUUACCCCUGUGGUCUUUACUCACCCAGCUUUCCCCUCUAGUUCUUUUGUCAAGAGUAAGAAGUCAGACUGUGUGAGAGAGAGUUGUAGAAAGCAUGGUAUUACCUGGGGAAUCCUGAGUCAUGUUUCCUGUAAGUUGAAGGUGAUCCAGAGGAAAACAUCCCACAGUGGAGUGAACAUUGCUUCCUCAAAGCACAGUAGGAGGAUGUGAACACAUAGUUCAAGGGAAGGCCUGGGGAAAGCCAGAGAUGAGAUUGGACAGCGUAGGUAACCCCGGUGAGUGUGUUACUUAUGAUGUGAAAGGUUUAGACAGAGGAAGUAGGUGCAUGUGACGAGUCUGGUAGCUUGGAGCUUUGGAGAGUCUACCCUAAGUUUGAGUUAGAUAAAAAUCUGGUUUACACCUAUUGAUACCUAGAAUUGAAGGCAGGCCUAUGCAGUUAUAAGCUGCUUGAGAAUUAGACUGAAGUACCUAGAAAUUCCAUGAACCAGAUGGAAAUUAUUGUGCUCGAGAACCAAUCCAUUUUCUUCAGGUUCCUUCACACCAGACUUCAUAAGCAGCUGUUGACUUCACUUUGUUCUUAGCCAGCUUCACAUUUUAUGAUUAUUUUCAAGUAGCUUGGAGCUACUUGAAAGGGAAGCUCCAACCCAACCCCUAAGAACAUACUGUGCGUUGAACAGUUUGUUGUUGCAGCUCCUGCUUGGUCCUAAGACCCACUAUGGUGCUGUGUUAUAAGCAACAGCCUCAAAGCUUUUUUUCCCUUCCAUAUAAUUUAUAAAGCCUUUAAAGAACUCAGUACCUUUUUUUUUUUAAGUUGAAAUUCACAUAACAUACAAUUAACUACUUUAAAGUGUACAAUUUGAUGGCCUAGUAGGACUGUUCUUUAAUUAUCUUAAAGUUGAAUAAAUAACCCACUCUGGCUGUGAGAAAUUUGGCCCGUCCUUGUUGGGGCUGUGUGGUAAUAGCUGCAUCUAGACUCAGGUAAAAAUGUUUAAAGUAACUGUCUGAGUAGUUCUUAAGCGGUAAUAAUAGUCUUUUCUGUCUUCAUGACAUUUGACUAGUACAUUACAGAAAAAAUGGCUUCCUUAGCAAGGAAGCCUCGCUUUAUAUAAGCCUCGCUCUGUGUCUGAGGGUGAGAUUGAGUGGGUAUGUGUGCAUGUACAUUGAUUUAUAUAUAUUAAUUUUCAUUUAAAUUCUCUACUUGGUGAAUAUGGCAGAGGAAAAAGCCUCAGGCCAUCUCCCUGUGACUUUUCAUGUAUUUAUUCCUGCUGUGUUCUCAUUAAUUCUUGUGUUUAGGAUAAGAGCUGUAUUCGUAUUCUGUCCUUCUCUAAAGUUUUUUUUUUUUUCUUAAUGGGAAUUAAAGUCCUGUUCAUAUGGAGCAAGGUUAUGGUAUAGGUGCCCACUUCACCCCUGGUUAUGCUUUAUCCGAACAAAUAUUUUCUUAGCUUUUUCUCAUCAGUUUUCACUUGCACUACUGAACAUAUCUGUCCCAUAUCAUACUCUUUAGGAAAACCUAAGGAAAGGAUAAAGAGAAGAAGAAGAAGUUUUAUUAUAUAGUCCUAAAACUUCAGAGCUAUGAAACAUAUAGCAUAGCCUUUAAUGAUCCUUCUUUUGAAGACCAAAUAAUAAUAAUGAUAUUAAUAUUUAAGGCUCAGAAGGAUUGUUGUUUGCCCACAAUCACAUUCUAACAACAGUUUGAAGUUUUGUUAGCCUUCACCAAUAAAUAUGCUUUCGUAUAUGUAAUUCAAGGAGAAGAAAACAUCAAGAUUCAGAACAUAUCUCUUCUUUAAACUUCACUGUGUCCUGUAGUUUACUAUAGUAGUUUUCAGAAGUCAAGGGCUUUCAACUGUGAAUAUCAAUGCAAAUAAUUAAUUAAGAUGUUCAGAUUGUCCAUCUGUUGGCAACUGUAAUUACAGAUCCUAUAAGUUGCUAAAACAGCUUUGUUAAAUGUGGCCUAGUGAUCUCGGAGUAACUUUAGUGCGGGGAGAUUGAAACUUCACAGGUACUCUUAAUGUGAGUAUAUGUAACUCAGGAAGAAAACUUGAAGAUUCAGAACAUAUCUCUUCUCUAAACUUCAUUGUGUCUUACAGUUUAUUAUAGUAGUUCUCACAAGUCAAGGGCUUUCAACUGUGAAUAUCAGUGCAAAUAAUGAAUUUAAAGCAUUCAGAUUGUCCAUCUGUUGGCAACUGUUAUUAAAACAGCUUUGUGUUAAAUGUCGCCUAGUGACCUUGAAGUAACUUUAGUGGGGGGAGAUUGAAACUUCACAGGUACUCUUAAUGUGACUUAAAUACAGAUGUCAGAACCAAAAUAAAGAGUAAAACAGAGGUGGAGUUGAUUUUACCCAGGAUUUUUCUGCAGUGCCAAAGAACAUUUAAGCAUGGACCUGCAUGACUACUAGACUGCUGAUAUCUCUAAUACUACAGAGUGAAAAGAAUUCUUAGAGUAACGGCACCAAGAUGUACUGCACCCACACCAAAGGGGUGAUCUCAGAUUCAUCUCUGAAGAGCUACUGUAUGCUACACCAUGUAAAAUGAUAGCACAUCUGCUGAUUUUUUUCCAAUCAAGGAGGUUGUUGUUUUCAGCAUAAUGAAAAAGAGGGGAAGCUCCACAAGGAUUUAAAGUUGAUAAUACCAUCAUCGUCUCCAAGAAGAAAUGCAGGGAUGCUGACUGCAAUCAACUUUUAUAGCCUAGCGCUGUUUCCUAAUAUGGUGAGAUCUCCUCCCAAAGACUGUGCUAGCAUUUCUACUCUGUUGUCAUCAGUCUUGUGUAUGGAAAUAAUGUGUCUAUGGAGCAGAACAUAGUGAUCUGGAAUAUUGCUGGGAUGUUUUUAAACAUUGUCAUUUUAUGUGUUGGCAUUGGCAAGAAAACUGACACUGAAGCCGUUCUUUUUUUUCUUUAUUAUGUCUAUAAAUUGAGUAUUCACCUAAAGGAAAAGGAGGCCCUGGGUUAUGACUUCAUCAACAAAGUAGGAAGAUUUCUUACUGACCUUAAGCUGAGUGUUAUUUCACUUACGUUGUCUCUAUUAAAAUAUAAGUUUUUAUUAAAAUUUGUGAUUAUGAAUUACUGAUAGCCCUAUUCCCUCAUCCCUUACUUAGGGUGUGAUUUGCUACCAGGUAUGGGUUUUUGGGGUUUUUGUUUUUACAUCUAAACUGUUAAUCACUAAUUAACCUAACCAUAGUCUUCCCCAGCCCUAGUCCCAGGUAGGAAUGACAUUUCUUGAGUCAGUGCUGCAAAACCUCACGUUUAUUUUAAAUGGCAGGUGAUUGUAAUGAAGCUUAUUACUGAACUAAGCAGAGAUCUUUCAUAAUUUCCAAAUAAAUACACACACCCCUGCAACUUUUGUUUUAUAACAUGCUUUCUGGUUUUAGUUUUGCCCGCUGUGAGUCUUACUCUGGUAGCUUGUGCUCACCUCUCUGUCCAGUUUUUUUUCUUCCUUUGGGCAAAGAAGAAGUUGCUUCUUUCUUUCUGCAUGUAACUGCCCACAUUUAGAGGGGGAGGUCUUGACUAGAUCUUAAGGUGCACUUCCUGUGUGGUACCCCUGCAGGACCCUCGACAGGCCUGAGUUUUCCCUUUUCAGAGGAGAGGAACGGGCUCUGUCAACUCCCUGAGUGUUCGCUCAGUGCCUCUAUGGUCAUUUACCUCCAAGUUUCCUUCUCAGUCAGUCUUUUUGUUCUCUCUUAAAAACAAAACAGCACAUUUAAGCCGAAAGUACAGUCUGGGUUGGGAGUAGAUUGAGUAACAAAUGUCUGAUGGGUAGACUUUUGACUUUGCUAGAUUGCCGUUAUUCACUUGCUUUUACUUCUAAGUAAUUCUAGCUCUUUAAAAAUACUUUCUGGACAAUACUACUGAAAUUCAAUGUUUCACAAAUCAUAUGUGAUUUUUAAUAAAACUAAUUUUUUUCCACUAAAAAUUCUAGUUCCGUAUACAGCUCCAGGAGAUGGAGAAAUAGGAAUUGUUGUUUCUAAUUUAUAUUUAAGACUAAAUAUAUAAUUUAUAUUAUAUUUUAAGACUGUUUUCAUCUGAUCUUUCUUUCCUUCCUGCUUUCCUUUCUUCAAUGCUGAUUGAGAAUUGGUCUGUCAAGACUAUCUCUGGCAUUCUUUGCCAGUUGAACUACAAUAAAUCAUAGCCAAGGAUGAACACUUAAAUAUAUUUUUAAAAUAAUUUUUAAACUAAGGCCACUUAGUGAACCUGAUGGUAGGCAUAUAGCUGUUUAAAUUCAUCAGUAGGUAGGCCUUUUGAAAUGCUAUCCUCCAAAGGAGUAUUAUCUUUUAUAGGUUUGAAAAGAAUACAGUCUUAUUAGGAUGAAAUCUCUUUAAAUUGAGGCAUUAUUUGAAAAAUUGAAAGCAAGAAAAUGUCUGUAUUUUCAACAGUAUAAAUAGUAAGGAAGAAAAAGCAGACUAGUCUUUUUUUAUAAGAUCAUAAAUUUCACAUAUGUAUGUGAAAAUAAAAAAGUAAAUUUCAAUUUAUAUUCUUAUUUUGAAAAAUCAAAUGUUUAUUUAUAAAACAACCUCAAAUUUUAACAAAUACCUCUGGUUUGUGAAAAUAGUACAGUGAAGAAGAAAGAUGUAUGCUUGAUCUGUUUGGUUGGAAGUGUUUAUUACUAUGACCAUAUCCAUUAUCUAUUUCAUUUAGUUUUAGUAUAAUAAUGAGGACUUUACUUCAUUUCCUAAAACAAUCGUUUUUCUAAAAUUAAGAAGCAGUUUCUUAUUUUAAUGCCUAAAAAGAUAACUUUCUAAAAAUAAAGCUCAUAGUUAGGUUAUAUUUCAGAGCAUGGAAAAUCACAUUUCAGAGCAUGGAUAAUUUUUAGUCGUCCUUUGAGGGUAUUUUUGUGUCUUUGAUAUAAACCCUUAAGAUAGGAGCCAUCCUUCAGAAAAAGAUGAGACUGACUGAUCUUCAGUGUCAAAACAAAAGUGAGCUGUGUAAUAAUCAAAUGAAGUAAAAACUGACUUUAGUGUUUCUAGUAACUUUUAGAAAAUUUAGAAAUCUUUAAAUUUGGAAGAUUAUGAACAUAAAAGUCUUAGAAAUUUCAAUGGACAUACAACCCUAUGAGGAUUUGCUGCAUGUGUGGCAAGAUACUUUGGUCUGAAUGCAAGCCUGAAGGGAACUUACACUCCCUUAAAAAAUAUUUUAUUGGUACUAAACAAUCGAAAGCUAUCACUGCUUUCUUCAGAAUAACCAAACUCCAGUGAUCUGCUCAAGAAAUAGAAAAUAAGCAGAACAGCAUGAAAUGUAGGACGCUGCUGCAGAAUGUUAUAGCAUCAAGCCCCAGACAUAGCCAAUAAACAUUUGCUGAAUGAAAACUUGUGGUUGAGAGGGUGAUUUUGUAUCUGAUUAUUUCUGGAGGUAUGCAAAGCCUGGAUCUGGAUGUGCUUUGUGUUAAAUCUGGACUUGUGGAGACAUUAAUCAGAUUUGCUUACAAAUAAGUUAUCUUAUCUCUUGGUUGAACUGUGAUCCUCAGUUCAGUGUUAGGAUUCGCCUCAUCACUCCAUAAUCAGUCCUUCUCUACUUCUGAACUCUGGAAAUGCAGCUUGUGACUAUUCCUUAUUUUCCCAAGACCACCGUGCUCCCUCCUCCAUACACACAAGCUUUAAAAAAUUUCACCUAACCGAUAACCCUUCUUACCUCCAGUGUCUCAUUUGUAAUACUCACAAACAUAUACACACAAUUCAGAAAACCUUUAUAAAUAGCUUAUUUUCUAGAACUCUACUUAAUGUAAGUACUGAAGAGCUACUUGGGGAACUUAGUACUUUCAUAAGCAGGGCGCUCUCUUUAGGGAACUUAUGAUUGUUAAAGAAUCUUUUUUCUUGGCUAAACCAAAAUCUUUUUCCCAUUUAUGCUUCUUGUCAAAUAUGUGAAGGCAGCAUCCACUUGUCUAAUAACUUCUCGACUGAGGAUGAAACAUCCUUAGUCCUUUUAACCUUUUCACAUUUAACAUGGUCUCUAGUUCUCUUUAGUCCAUUUCUCCUCCACAUAUUUCGACAUGGAACUGAAUGGCUUGCUUGAAAUAUGGAGGUUAUACUUUAAUAAUCCAGAUGUGAUUAGAGAAUCUACUUUUUCAUUAACACUUUUCUUAUUACUAAUAUUUGUAUAUUCCUUUAUAGUUUACACAGUGUCUUUAUAAAAAUAUCCUGUGGAGUAGAUAUUAUCCCUAUUUUGUGAAAGAGGAAACUGAGGCUCAGAGUGGUUAUCAUUUGUGAUUGGCUCAGUGUCAUACAGUUGCUAAUUUGGACAUUUCGCAUCUAUUUAUGUGGGCUUAAUGUUAUUUUUUAAAAAUUCUAUUAACCCAAUUGUUAUGAAAUGGUGUAACUAAAACUACUAAACCUUUUUUCAUACAUGUGACUGGUUAGUUAGAUCUCUUCCAUCCUGUACUUCCCAAAUAUAUUUUUAAAAAUCUGAAUGUAACCAUGUUAAAUUGUGUGUUUGGAUUUGGUGUAGUUAGAGUGUACCCUUGUUUAUAUAUUACCAUCUUAACAAGUUUAUCGUAUGAGACUAUGUGAUUAUAAAGUGAGAUAAAUGUUAUUAGUAACAUUAAUAGUGAAGAGUUUAAGGAUUUUGAUUUAGUAAUAGUUGUAGUUUUAAUAAUUGAUUCUGUCAUCUCUAGAAUUGGCUUUUUGUUUGCAUGUUUAAAUAAACUGUGUGGG